GUAGAGCCGGCCUGUUUGAUAAAUGACCCUUCGGAUACAUCAAACCAGAGAGAAUAUUUCUCUAAGCAAAUUAUUGAAGACCACAGUACCUUUCUGACGUUCACAACUAGAAAUCUAAUUCACCUUGAGAUGUCCGUGCUCGAGUUCAUUAACAGAAAGGGUUGAUCAGUGCUAGAUAUAUAUGAAGCUAUUGCGGCUACUCAAGAAAUACUACUGUUCCAUCUUCAAGAAGAAGAAGAAGAAGCAGAUGGCGAAUGUUGAGAAAGUUGUUGGUGUGAAGAAAGUGAGGCAAAAAGAUCCAGAUGGAUGGGAUCUGAGCAUGCCACUCCCAGGGGACAUCAUAGAAGGUAUUGCUGAAUUAGCUGCUGAUGAUGACUCCUUUAUUCAGGCCAAAGCAUGGUCAGAGUUAACCUUAUUUCUUGGUAAAAUUGCUGGACAUUUUGUUUGGUUCAAGGUUAGAAGGGGAGAGAGUACACUUAAACUCAGAGGAUAUGUCUUAGUUGAACGACGUUCCAAUCUCCAGAAAAGGUUUGUCGUUAGAGCAGCAUCUGAUGAGAGACAUCUUGCUGUUAUAGCAGAAUUAACUUUCGAACGUUGCACUGAACUCCAGGAAAUGAGCAGAAGAAUGGUCAAUUCGGGAUCACGGGGGUAUAACCAAAUGGGAUUACAAUAUGACUGGAAGAUGAAGGUGGGAACUUAUCUACCAGAUUCUCGUUCUACAGUUGUAUGCUCCAUAGUUUUUAUGCCUCUGACAAGAGAGUAUAGAGUAGAAGCCACAUUAGUUCGUACCAUGGCCUGGUUUUCAGCAGCAGUAUCUUCAGGAAUCCCUCUUGUAUUCAUUAACAUUCAAACCGGGCAAAUCAACAAUUUGGAGAAGAGAAACACUAGUGGAAAAGAUCUCACUUGGAGUAGGCAACUAGAUGGCUAUGUUGGUAACCAAUCCGCACAAGGUGUAAGGCUAUGGUAUCUACCAGGAAUUGCAGAGGUUCCACUUGAAUUAACACCUGAACCAACAGAAGCAAGAUUUGGAAUAGACAUUAAACGAACAGAUGAAACUUUUGGUAGCAUACUUGGGUGUGGUGUGGGUUAUCUGCUCACAGUGUACCUAGAGAUGCCUUUAGGCAGGAGACACAAGGAUGCGGAGAUUUGGGAGAACAUUCUGGAGAAAGCUGAGAAGAGGUUGGCUCAGUGGAAAGCACAGUGGACUGCACUCUUUAAUGCAGAAGAAUACAACAGUACUUCUUCUCAAAAAAAGCUGAAAUGGACCAAAGAAGCCCUAAAUGAAUAUUGGGCUUCAAAACCGAUUGAUCAAGAUGCACAAGAACCUUAUCCGCCGUCUACAAAUUCUCUCCAAUGGAAUGAUAAUACACUCCCGAUCAUACAGGUCUCACAAGAAAAGUCACCAGAAAAUUUUAACCAAUAG